CCCAUUGCGACUCAGAUUCUGAGUCUGUAUUUUCCAGCUCAUCCAUCAUAAUCCAAGUGUCCGUCGACAGCAAGAGCGUAAUUAUACCCAUGGCGAAGCUGGAAGAGCAGGAGGCUGCGACCCCAGAGGUCGCGGACGACGUCACGAUGGCGGAUGCUGAGCACAGCGGAGAGAUGGUGUCCACCGAGAACAAAAGCAAGAAGAAAAAGAAGAAGAACAAAAAGAAGAAAAGCAAGAGCUCGACUUCCUCUGGCUCCAAGCUCCCGCCGUUCCGCGGCGUCCAGGGCUUCACAGACAGCUACGUGGCUGUGGGUCAGACAGAGCCGCCUACGAUCCCCAUCGAGAAGCUCUUCCCGGAUGGUCACUACCCCGUUGGCGAGAUCCAGGACCACCCAGGCGACUUUAACACGUUCCGCACCACGAGCGAGGAGAAGCGCGCACUGGAACGUGCCCAGGAGGACCUGUACGAGACCGUACGACACGCAGCUGAAGUGCAUCGCCACGUGCGCAAGUUCGCACAGAGUCUCAUGAAGCCUGGCAUCAAGCUCGUCGACAUGUGCACGCAGCUCGAGAACAAGAACCGAGAGCUCGUAGUCGAGGCCGGCUUUGCUCGCGGCAUUGGCUUCCCCACGGGCUGCUCGCUGAACCAUGUGGCGGCUCACUACACGCCGAACUCUGGUGACGACACGGUGCUAUCCUACGGAGACGUUAUGAAGGUGGACUUUGGCACGCAGAUCAACGGACGCAUCAUCGACAGUGCGUGGACUGUGGCGUUCGAUGCGCAAUUUGAUCCCCUACUGGAGGCUGCCAAGGCUGCGACUGAGGCGGGUAUCGCUAACGCCGGUAUCGACGCUCGUCUUGGUGAGAUCGGUGGUGCUAUUCAAGAAGUGAUGGAGUCGUUCGAGGUCACAAUCGACGGCAAAACGUACCCGGUCAAGUGUAUCCGUAACCUCAACGGCCACUCCAUUGGUCCGUACCAGAUCCACGGUGGUAAGAGCGUUCCUAUCGUCAAGACCGAGGACCAGACCAAGAUGGAGGAAGGGGAGAUCUUUGCCAUUGAGACGUUCAAUACAACUGGUCGUGGGUAUGUGGUGGAGGACGGAGAGUGCUCGCACUACGCCAAGGCGUUUGACGCGCCUCACGUGCCGCUGCGUCUGCCUCGCGCAAAAAAAUUGUUGGGCCACAUCACGCGUACUUUCGGCACGCUGCCGUGGUGCCGUCGAUGGAUCGAGCGUGAGGACGGUGGCUCGGCUACUAUUAAUCCGAAGGGUGCUAAACAGGAGAAGUACCUCAUGGCUCUGAAGAACCUGGUGGACACCGGCAUCGUUACGGCCUACCCGCCGCUUGUGGACGUUAAGGGCAGCUACACGGCGCAGUACGAACACACGAUCAUCCUGCGUCCGACGUGCAAGGAGGUUGUGUCUCGUGGCGACGACUACUAAGAUUCGACUGGACUUGUACGUGUAGUUCCUGCUAGUGCUACGUCGCAGACCUCGUUGGCGCUUUGAACGUUACGCAUCGCUUGUACACAGGUUGAAAGUGCUUGCAAAUUGAUUUUUUUUUCCCUUCAUUUCGGAAACGUGGUUAAUUUAUGGGUUACUUUCUCCAAGUUUUGUUUUGUAAAUAUUUG